AUGUCGUCCUCAGUACGGUCUGGCAAAACUGCCCCGCGGCUCGCUCAAGACAUUUACGAUUACGAUCCCGUACACCCGCCAGGCACAGGCCGCAAUCUUCUUUCAGAAGUCCCUCCGGUCUUCGCUGAACGACAAACCGGGUCACUCGAAUUCAUUUCGCCUUCCGCAUGUCGCCAUCAGUAUGUGACCAAACCGAACCAGAGCUUCCUCCCUCAGGCGGAACAGAAAAAAAGCACCGGGAAUCCCUCGAAGGUUUCGGCGAUUUGCACAGAGUGUCGAUACCAUCUUCAACUCGUUGUUAGCUCCAGCCCAGGCAUAGGCCAAUCAACGCAAGGGUUUGCGGAUCACAUACACCAUUUGGUUUACAAGUCUGGGAGGCAGAGGAAUGGUGUUUCUCCAGCGGAAGUCACUCCUAAGGGUCAGAUCGUCGAGACAUUCCACUACGAAUGCUCCUACCUCACAUGUCCUGUAUCGGUCUCGGUGCGGAUCGCAUCGCCUGUCCUCGCCGAGGAGUGGGUGCGACUUCUGAUUGACCCCGAAGUGCUGGGGAGGCGUGCAGACGAAGCGAUCGCGGCACAGCCGGAGCGUCUGGAAGGCAUCGGUCGACCACUGCCGAUCACGGUGUUGGAGAACCUACACACUUAUAUCUUCAACGCUCUCCAUGAUAGCCAACGGAGCAAGUCGAUAUCAGCUGUGAACAAAAGGUUCAUGACAUGUUUCGGCGUCGAGGGCCGACCCUGCAAAAGCCUCCUGGAAUUCCUUGGGUUCUCUGUGAAGAAUGAAGGAUUUUGGGAGCCUCCUCGGCCUAAUCCAUGGGCGGAAUACCCCUAUCAGGACCAGCUGAAGAUCUUCCUUGACGAUGUCCUACAUGAGCUUUCUGCACUCAUUGAGCAGCGUCCGGCGACGGAAAAGAAAGGUCGCCAACCGCCAAAACCUCCUCAUCCUUCGUUUGAUGAUCUACUGUAUGCGAUGGAUGCAUUGGACUAUCCCAAAUCUCUACGAUCCAAUGAAUUCCAGAUGGCCCCUGCACCUUAUUACGAAGAUCUGGGUGUCGUUGAAGAUAUGUCAUCCUCUUCGGUCGUUGAAGCAUUCAACCGGCAAGUUUCAGUUGAUCCAGCAAGAUCAUCACUUUAUCUACAGUGUCUCAAAUCCAUCGGCAAUUUAAGAGGCAGCGAUGAUGCCCAAGUCAUAGACACGGCGGUUCAGGUGGCUUACGCUGAGGGCAGAUACACGGACGAAGAUGUAAUCGAGGCCUACAGAUAUUUCGGACUUGCUCACGAUGAUCCCCAUCUCACCGAAGAUAGUAUUAUCGGGAAGUUCUAUGCCUUUAUGAGCUCCACGACACAAGAAAAUGAAUCUCGCAUGAGAUUAUGGAGAAUCGGGGAUAGCAGGAGGAGUGAGCGGAUCAAAUCAGCAGCGGAAGAUAGAGUCGCAACCGUCGAACAAGCACAGGUAUUCCUUGGCGUUGACAGUUCGACAAGCGAUGAGUUUGUUCUGACUAUGUAUACCACGAAGGUCAAUGACAACCCAGCAAGCAGGGAUAUUGCUCGGCGUGCUGUUGAGCUCAUUGCUGAAUCUCGAAAAUCGGCCGUUUUAACACAUUUUGUUCGCACCGGUGAAAUGACCGCUGGUGAAAUGGAUGUUGCUGAUGCCUAUCGUUUGCUUCAAAUCCCUGAUCGCACAGUGGAUGACGCCGCCAUCAUGGCAGCAUACACCAUCUGUGUGGACGAAGCCCCGGGACAAGCUGAGAAGUACAACCAGGCAUUGACCAUCAUCGCCAAAGACAAAAAUAGCUCUCUACUUAGCAGCAUGAUUUCCGGGCCUGACGCCGACUCUGGCCGUGACUUGUCAGAAUGGCCUGUUGGCUUGCAAAACAUUGGCAAUACUUGCUAUCUCAAUAGCUUGUUGCAAUUCUACUUCUCCAUUCGUCCAUUCCGAGAGAUGGUUUUGGACUAUGAGAGUUUCCGAAUGGAGCUUGACGAUGAGAGCUUGAGCAAGAAGCAUGUUGGCUCUCGCAAGGUCUUGAAGAAGGAAGUUGAGCGCUCUCAGACGUUUUUAAGAGAAUUACGAACGUUGUUCCAAGAUAUGAUUACCUCUUCAAGAUCAUUUGUGACGCCGGGUCAGGAGCUAGCACGGUUAACCCUCAUCAGCCCGUCCAAUGAAGCAGCUAUCCGUCGCCGGUCGACCAUAUCUAUGAGCAGACCCGGUGGACUCGGAGAAGUCAACGGUAUGCCUAUUAUGGGACCGCUUGGCCCACCACAGCUGGCGCCAGAGCCAGAGCGAAGUCAAAACCCAGUUGAUGCCGAGAAGGAGAAGCCGAAACAUCCAACAAUCAGUGAUGUGGAUAGCGAAGCUACUCUUGUUUCUGACAGUGUCAAAUUAGGUACACCGUUACUGCCUGAGGAUAAAGAAAACGAAACUCCAUCCAAGGAUAUUGUGAUGAGUGAGGUGCAGCCUGAACCUGCGUCUCAGAACAAUGAGGACAAUAUCUCUCCGAAGGACGAAACACCGGCAAUACCAUUCGGGCCACCGAAUCAGCCCCCCCCAGUGCCGCCUCGGUCGACUGUGCCAAUAGAUCCCCAGAAGCAGCUCCUGGAAGAGGUGGAGAUUGGGGCCCAACAAGAUGUCACGGAAGUGAUCAAUAAUGUGCUCUUUCAGAGUCAAUGCGCAAUCAAGCCGAUCGCCUUCGCCCCAGAUGGAGAACAACUGGACCAGGUGAAAGACUUAUUCUACGGACGGUCCAAGUCGUAUAUCCUUGCUGAGGCGGGAACUCGGUCUAAAGAGGAGUGGUGGUGCGAUAUCAAGGUCGACGUUGCAACUGGGUCUCGUGAUAUCUACGCAGCGAUUGAUGGGGCGUUUGAUGCCCAGAAGGUCAACGUUGACAACACAAUCGUCGAGCAAUACAGUGCGAUUAGCAAGCUGCCCCCAGUGCUUCAGAUCCAAGUGCAGCGAGUGCAAUUUGAUCCCAUCAAGAAGAGCUCUUUCAAAUCGACUCAUCAUCUCGAAUUGAAAGAGAAGAUCUACCUUGACCGAUACAUGGAUACGCAGCAUCCUGAGAUCAUGAAUCGACGACGACAGUGCUGGGAGUGGAAAAAUACACUGAAGACGCUGGAGGAACGCAGGGCCGAGCUGUUGCGUCAAAGUGAAAAUGACGGCCUUGAUAUGGCGACUUUGUUCGAAAGUGCCAAAUCCGUUGUCGAGGACCUUAACUCCUUCAAGGAUAAUCCAGAGACAGCCGAAGAAGCAAUCGAUAUUAAUCCGCAACUCUCGUCUGAGCUUGGUCAAUUGUCUCAAAUAGUCAAGGCUGAAUUGAACUACGUCGAACAAGAGAUCAAGAACACACAGACUCUGAUUUCCAGCCAGUUUGUCGAUUUCAAGCACCUGGCCUAUCGACUCUAUGCCGUAUUCGUGCACCAUGGAUCCGUCGAGUUUGGCCAUUACUAUAUCUAUAUCUUUGACUUCCGGAAGAACGUCUGGCGCAAGUACAACGAUAACGAAGUAACCGAAGUCCAAAACCCGGAUGAAAUUUUCAAGAACCAAGAACGCCAGAACCCCCCGACUCCGUACUUCCUGGUAUACGUCAACGAUGCUCUAAAAGACCGCCUUGUCGAUCCCGUCUGCAGACAAAUCAUUGACAACAUGGCACACAGUGAGCCAGUUUCUGGGACAGAACCAACUCUCCCAAUGGAGGGAGUCACUACGACGACACCCGUUCCCCAGGAGGAUCUGAACAUGGAUUCCCCUGCCUACGACGAGGCAUUCGCUGAUAAUUAUACUUCAGGUACGGGUGCUGCCCUCCGUGUGGAAAAGGACCGGAAAGGACCUGUCGACGUUGGCAGCAAAGCUCCCACAUCGUCAUGGCCGUCAAACAACUUGGCUGACCAGCGUGAUGUGGAGUGGUAG